UUAGAAGAAAAACGGAGAGGCUCAUGUGUUAUGUGGACAGAACCACGCACACAGACUGGCGUGCCGACUCCCGAAUGACAAGGAUCAGCGCCUUAAGGUCGGGACUUUUCCAUUCAUUUGCACUGACAGCCAAGCAAAGUGACACAGACAUUGUAAGCGCCUUUGCCCUUUUAUCAGCUUCUGAAUGGAAUGGUAUUUUGUUUUUUUUCUACUCAACUUAUUUUUUGUUUUCUUUUCAUCCCGUAUUUGGGAAAUUAGUUUGCCAUUAUAAUUCUGCUGGCUCCAGCCAUAAUUCUACUUUGUCUACUUUUUUCCAUAAUUUUACCAGGCAGACACUCGCAUAAGAACGCUUUCAUUACAGUUUAUUUUUGAACUGGAAGACUAUUUUCGGGAUUUUGGCUGGAGAUCACGGUGGCACCAACGACAUGGGGCUUGUGGUUUGGAUGUGCUGGCUGCUGGCUCUCCCACUACUUCAGUCUGCCAAAAUCCUAACGGUCUGCCUAAUUGGAGGAAGCCACUACUUGUUACUUGACGAGAUCUCCCAUAACUUCCACCUCCAUGGCCAUGAGGUUCGCAUGCUCCUGCAACUGGACAACCCUGCCAUCACAGGUUUGUCCUAUGCCGGCCGCAAUGGCAGCUACCAGACCAGCACUUGGUCCCCAGGAGAGGAUUACAUUAAACAAUACAACGGGUGGUUCUUGGAACAGCAAGCACAAUUUUUACUGGGCCGGGACAGCUUUAAUGGCUUUUUGAAUUUCAUGGGUCACCUUUCUUAUCAGUGCGACAAGCUCUUAGGGGACAGCGAUCAAAUCACAUUCCUCCGGGAGCAGCAAUAUGACAUCGCUAUCCUGGAUGCUUUUAAUCCCUGCUCCUUCAUCAUAGCCCACAAACUUGGUGUGCCCUACAUCGCCUUCUAUCCAGGCUCUCUGAACGGCCCCCUUGCCAUUGCCAUCCCUGCCUCCAUCUCCUCAGUACCAGCUUGCAGCUCCCAGUUGUCGGACCGCAUGGACCUCUGGGAUCGUGCAAAGAACUUGGUCUACUCUCUCCUCAAUGCUGUUGGUCAGAAAAUCGUAUGGUCCAUUUUCAAGGAUGUAGCCGAGCGUCACUUGGACUCAGGAUCCCCGCCUGGUGGCCUGGAUGAGUUCCACCAGAAGGCGGAACUCUGGGCCUUCAACACCGACUUUUCCCUGGAGUUCCCGCAGCCGCUAUCGCCUGCCACCGUGUUGACGGGGGGGCUCCUCAAUAAACCUGCUGAACCUCUGGAACAGGACCUUGACUCGUGGAUCUCCAGUUUUGGAGAGUCUGGUUUCAUCAUUGUGACCUUGGGAUCCAUGGUCUCUUCUGUGUCUGUGGACCUGCUUCUGGUGGAGCUGGUGGAUGCCUUCUCCAUGAUCCCUCAGGGUGUGAUCUGGAGGUACGACCGUAAGCUUUGGCCGCCUCAUCUGAGUAAACCUUCCAAUCUCCUCCUUGUGGACUGGCUGCCUCUUAAUGACUUGCUAGGACACGGCACGGUGCGCCUCUUCAUCACCCACGGAGGUCAGAACAGUCUUCUUCAGGCCGUGUAUCACGCUGUUCCCGUGCUUGGCAUCCCCCUGUUUGGAGAUCAGUUUGACAAUGUGGUGAGAGCUGAAGCAAAGGGCCUGGGCCUUGUCAUCAGCCCUACGCGAAUUACCAGCAAGCUCCUUAGCUCCACCAUCCAAAACGUCAUACGGAAUGUCAGUUUCAAGUCGGCAGCUUUGUCCCUCAGCCGCAUCCACAGAUCGCACCCCGUGCCCCCCGCGCUUCGACUUGUGCAGUGGGUGGAGCACAUCCUGCACAGCGGAGGGGGAGCUCACCUAAAGCAGGCGUCAUUGCAGCAGUGGUGGUACCAGAAAUGCCUACUGGACCUACUUUUGAUCAUCCUCAUGGGUCUUACCGGGUCAGUUCUUCUCUGCUGGAUUUUCUGCAAGAGCAAGACGAGCAAAGGUGACAGCAAGAAAACACAAUAGGACAUAUGAUGGAUGGAAUGUUGACUUGGAAAUGGCUUGCUCCCUCAGGUCAGACCAGAAAAAAAAAAAUUCAACGUACAGAUAGCAGAUUAAUCAAUUUACAAUAAUACAAUAAUGAAAUAUUUGUGCUUUGUUUCUUCCCACCACUGGACACAGACAUCGUUGUACUGUAAUGCUGAAUUGUCCCACACCUCCAUGCUGCUUUGACCCGACUGUGCUACAAGCAGGGGGCACCAGUGUGCACCAUUGUUUACGUGUGUGUGCAUAUGAGUUUGGAUGACGGUCGGGUCUGGUGGCUAGUUGGCCUAGAGGCUCUUCUUUUGCCACCCACCCACACCUGCAGGCCUCAACUCCAACCCCUGCGGUCUUUCCUGCUUGUUGGCACAGUCUGCUUCCCACUCCUACACAAGGCCCAGCAAUGUUCACGGUCAGCGCUCACUCCACAGUGGAGAGCAGAAAAGGUCUCGGAGGACCUCUCUCCCCUCCUCUUUCUCUGCCCUUCUUCCCACCCCUUACAUCUGUGUUGGGGUGGGGGGGUUGAGAUAAAUUAGCAAGAGAAAAAAAUGACCAAUUAGAACGGCAUGUUCUCGCUCCCCCCAUUCAGCUGUCCAAUCCUUCAUGCCAUCGCUUCCUUUCAUUUGUCUGGCAGUUGCAGGUGCCAGUAUGUCUUCCUCUGCCUCGCACGCAAUCCCAAGUGGGCCGGGCAAAAUGGGCCCAGGCAUAAUAUAACAGCAAGCGGGGAGACAGAUAAUAAUGGCAAAGGAGAAAAAAAAACACAAAAGAUGAAAUGGCAAUGAAGCAGAAGAGGAAUGAAAGCAAACAAAUUAGACAAGAGGAGGGGAAGAAUCUGACAAGCUGUUGGCACGAAAUGUUAAAAGAAGAAAAACAAUACAAUUCACGCAAUUAAACAACACUUUCACAUGUUCAUAAUCUGCUGCUUUACACAUACUAUAUAUAAAGUCAGAGUGGUAAUGUGCAGUGUUUCAUUGCAACACAGCCACACUUUAAUGCAAUAGUGGAAUUUGCCCUCCUUAUAUUAAACUAAUUGAAAUGUCACGCCACAGAGAAGAAUGUUGUGCAUUAGUGUUUGUGUUAGAGUAGGGAAACAUUUUCAAAACGGCGGCUCUCCAGGACGGGAGUAUCCUACCCCUGAUUUGAAGGAUAAACUGCACACGUGUUUUGCUUUUUAUUUUAUUUUUCAGUACACGGUUAUCAUUUAUCAACAUUUAUAUGACGAUUAAUUCAAGAAUGUUAAAAAGGGACGUGAAAGAUUGUCUGUUCAGUUAAUAUGUCUCAACACUUUUGUCUAUUUGAGAACAUGUAAACUCCACUUUAGCCGGGAUUCGAACUCAGAAUCUUGGCGUCGUUAUGAACUUAAUCCCGAAUGAUGGGGGGGUUAUAGCGCCAUCUAACGGAGUAGAGUGUGUGCUCCUAGUAAAUGACUUUACAAGUGUCGGAUAUUGGCUUUAACUUAACCUACUUCAUGAGUGAGUCUCGAAAAAUGUUUUUUUUUACAAAAUUAUGGAAAAUAGGCAUUCUCCACUAAUAGUUUGCAUUUCUGCCACACCUUUCUGAUUUGUGUUUGAAUUUUAGCUAUGUUCUCUUGUUACUCCAACAUACCAAAAACGUGUAUUUUUAUUGCCCAUCGGUGUAAA